AUGAGCUCGGAAGAGGAGGACGAGGUGAAGCUGUACAGCGCGUUAGAACACAAUAAAAAGCGGCAGAUGAUGGUGUCACUCUCAUCUUCAUCCGACGAAGACGGAAACGAUAACGACUUUGAUGAGUUUUUGAUCCUGGAGACGCCUACAAAGAGACGACGGCAAAGUGUGUUGCUUGACAAAGCAGUGAAGAAGAAAAAGAGUCAAAUACUACCGGAUAAGAGUGAUGAAGAUGAUGAUUUUUACACACCAAGUGAGAGAGAGGCGGAAAGACUGCGCAAGCUGCAGCUGGAGCGUGAGAUUCGUCUGAAACUAAAACAGGACAACGUGUUAAACCAGACACGAGCCAUUUUAAGCAAGGUAUUAUCUACUAAAAGACAGACGACAGCGAACAAUUUGGAAUGUAUCUCGUUAGACUCGGAUACUGCUGAUGAAAGCGAUGAUGGCGCUAUAAUUGAGCCUACUCCUUCGCAGCCAGUUGUGGUGGAUAAAGGAGCAAAGAUUGUGCUACACAUUCGUUCUAAUGGUGGUGCGGUUGAUGAGAUUGCUAUUCAUAAGAAGGAGACUUUUGACCAGCUGUAUACUAGCUAUUGUGAGCUGCAUGGAUUACCGCGAACGGCUAUCAAGAUGUCGCUGGAUGGCGAGGCUUUGUCGCUUGAGGCUACUCCUGAUGGAGAGGACUUGGACUCCGGCGAUUUAAUCGAAGCCAAAGUGGACUUCUCCAAGCAGAUCGAGUCGAAAAAGAAAACAUAUCUACGCUUGAGGCUGGUGGUUUUUGGCAAGCGGUCAGAGAUCUUUAAGAUUGAUUCGACUGCGACAGUCGAGAAACUGCAUACGAGCUACUGCAAGCGGCAUGCCAUCGCUAAUCCGGAUGAUGUUGUUAUGAGCGUACAAGAUCAGGAGCUUAGGCUGAAUGAACGUAUUGACUUUUACGGCCUCAUGGAUCAUGACGAGAUUUCUGUCAAAUGUGGCAAUAGCGUUGCUCCGGCCCAGACGAUUGAGCUGCAGCUACGAUUUGGGGAAGACGAUCGAGAAACACAUCAAGUCAUUCCGAGCUCUAAAGUCGAAGGGUUGCUGGUCAAGAUCGCGAAAGAGAAGAAAAGUGAGGCAUCAAAGAUAUCGCUUAUGCUUGAUGGGAAGAAAAUGGCAGCAUCGCAAACGUUUAUGAGCUACGGUUUGGGAGAUGGUGAGCUGAUUGAGGUCAAGAUCGCGUCUUGA